AUGGUGUCUCUCACCGAGGUCCAAGCCUCGAACGCAAAAAUCGCAUCUUAUUUUCCUCCAGGACUUGUCGCUGUCUUCGUCGGUGCUACCAGCGGCAUUGGCGAGACGUCACUGAAGCAAUUCGCGAAGCACAGCUCAGCACCACGGAUCUACUUUAUUGGCCGGUCACAGGAAGCCGGGGAUCGCAUCACAGCAGGAUUAAACAGCUUGAAUGGAAAGGGACAAUACACGUUCAUCAAAGCGGACGUGAGCUUGAUUCGAGUCGUGGAUGAUGUGUGUCAGGAUAUCAAGAGCAAGGAAAAGGCCAUCAACCUUCUCGUCAUGAGCCAAGGAACGUUCGUCCUCGGCACUGAAACAACAGAAGGUCUCCACAUGGCCAUGUCCCUAGCCUGCCACUCCCGCAACCGCUUCAUCCUGAACCUCCUCCCGUACCUCCACCGCGCCGCCCACCUCCGCCGCGUAAUCUCCGUCCUAGGCGCCGGCCACGAAGGUCCGAUUUCCUCAUCCGACUUCCAGAACCGGCAAACCCCCAUGCGACGUUCGCGCGGGCACAUGAAUUCCAUGGCCACGCUGUCCCUCGAAGCCAUCGCGGCCACCGCCCCAGACGUGUCGUUCAUCAACGGCUUCCCGGGCCUCGUGGACACUGGAUUGCUGAGGGGGACCACGGGACCGCUGAUGUUCGCCGUGAGGAUAGCGUUUCGCGUCAUGAUGCCAUUCAGGGCGAUUCCGAAUCUGGAGGUUGGCGAGCGCUUUGAUUUCCUGGCUACGAGUGCUAAGUACCCGUCGAGUGAGGGAGGGGAUGCCGGGGUGCCGAUUGCGGAUGGGGUUGAGGUUGCGAGGGGAACGACGGGGGAAGUUGGGAGCGGGGUUUACUCGCUGGAUCAGACGGGAGAGAGUUCGGGGCUGGCGGUUGAGGCGGUUCUGGCGCAGAUGAGGGCGGAGGGGAUGGUGGAGAAGGUGUGGGGGCAUUUUGAGGGGGAAUUCAAGAGGAUUACGGGAGUUGUGGCGGUUUAG